GAAGGCGCACGGGCUGCCGGGAUCGGGGCGGACCGAGGGGUGGUGGGGGCUAAGAUGGCGGUCGUACGGAGAGGAAGAUCCUCUAUCCUCGUAUCCUUCCUGCUCGCUCCCUUUUCCGGCUCUGACCAGGCAGGCGUGGCCCCUGUCGGACCCAUGAUGUCUGAGAGCUCGUGGAGCUUCUGAAGUGGGGCAGUGGUUGGCAAGCAGGGCUUAGAUUGCCUGUCCCCCUCUUCUCCCCAGUGCCUGCCCAGGGUGACUCAGAAGAGUGAAGUCAGAUGUGUUUCUCUGUUAUCUCUGUGGCCACUCUUAGACCCACAGGCCUGAUAGCCAGGGUGUAGCCACUGUGCCGCAGUCUCUCAUCUGCAGAUGGCGCACCUUUUCUCUUACCCACCCGAUCUGUGGACCACUGAUCUGAUUCUCCUCGGGAGCAUGGGCUUUCUGGAGGCCCUGCGGCUCUACCUGGGUGCAAAGGGCAACUUGACAGAAGAGGAAGCAUUGCUGGGCAGCAGCCUCCUGGUGACCGUCAUCAACGCCAUCCUGGCGCUGUACUUCCUCCUGUGGGCGGCCUACGUGCUGAGGAUAGAGAUGCUCCUCAACACCGUUCUGCUCGCUCUCUACGGCCUCCAGGGCAUCCUGCAGGUGGUCACCAUCGCCACUUUUGUCAGCUAGCCUCCCCAGCCCGUUUACACCUAAAGCGUGGCUCUCAUAUCUUGAUGGAGCCCGGGAAUCUGGGCUCCUGGGUUGGGUGUGUUUGCUGCGGUCUCCUUGAAGGCCCCCCCCUCCCCAUCCCCGCCAGCUGCCUGCUGGCGUGGGGGGCCGGCGGGCACUGGCGCCUCAGAUCUCCCUAUCCAUGUUUUGCCCCCCAGGUGCCACACCUGACAGUCACACCUCUUGAGCCUCAGUUUCUUCAGAUGUAGCAUGGGGUAAUCGUCCCGUUAGUGGCCGCUCAUAGGUGGUUGUGGCCGUAGAUGGCGGCCGUGUUUCAGAAGCCCACUGGGCGGCCGGCUGGGUUCUGGUACAACUCUCCCCUUCCCUGGGGAGGCCGCUCCCAGCUGGAACCCAGAGACCCCAGUCCUAAGCUGAUUUUACAGAAGAGGGAACUGAGGUUUAAAGAUCAUCGCUUGCCCAAGGCCACACUGCUGGGAUUUGGAGCUGGGUGGGCUCCUGGCUUUGUGGAAGGCUUGGGGUGCCAGGACCAGGGCUAGGUACAUGGAGCCCCCAAAUAGCCAGUUAGAACUGCUACCGAGAGAGAGGAGGGACCAGCCAGGCCAGUGGAAGUGUGCGGAAAAGGAGAGAGAGAUGGUGGCAGUCCCGUUCACAAAUAGGGGAGUGGCACGGCUGACUGAGCAGGGCCUCCUGAGGGCUGGCUGUGCACACGGAGCUGCCCACCCUGGGGUGCCCUGGGCCUGGAGCACGGCAGAGGAGAUGGAGCUGAGAAAGCGUGUCCACUGUGCUCGGGACCCUUUGCCCUUCUCUGGGGGCCUUUCUCCACAUCAGGCACCUGGUUUUUGUGAAUGUUGUAUGUUUUAGGGAGUUCCCUACUUUUUGAUGUUUUCAAAUAAAAUCUUUGUAUCCA